AAUUUGAGAAGCGACCCGUCGAAACUGAAAGAAGGACUCGUCUUGAAGAUAAAUCUCUUUCUUUGGGCUUGGCAAAGAGAAGAAGUUUCGUCGAUAAAGGAAGAGUCGACGAGACUAACUGGUUUCGCAGACUAUAUCAACACAGUAAAUUUAUUCGGGCGUUUCUUAAAUGGCUGACUUGUUACGUUGCUUGACUAGAAGGAAAAGAAUUACUCGCGAGGAGAAAACAAACACCGAGUUGUCAAAAUGUCUUACAACGUGGGAUUUGACAUCUCUCGGGAUUGGGGCAACACUGGGUGCAGGAAUUUAUGUUGUCUCGGGACAAGUUGCUGCUAGUAUUGCGGGACCGGCAGUGAUAAUAUCAUUCGCUCUGGCGGCCGUUACAUCUAUCCUCUCGGGUCUAUGUUAUGCUGAAUUCGGCGCGCGUGUACCCAGAACUACUGGUUCGGCUUACGCCUACAGUUAUGUCACUGUUGGUGAAAUAUGGGCCUUUAUAAUAGGCUGGAAUUUGAUUCUCGAAUACAUGAUCGGUACUGCCGCAGAUGCACGGGCGUUAAGCGCUUGCUUUGAUUAUGUGAUUGGAAAUGUGAUAAGGAAUUUUACGCUGACUUACAUUGGAGAGAUAAAUACCCCGGGUCUAGGCACCUAUCCUGACUUCGUAUCUUUCAUCGUUACCAUCAUCGUAACAAUCGUAUUGGCUAUUGGUGUCAAACAAUCGUCAACGUUCAGUACUAUUUUCAACAUUUUAAACGUUUUGGUUGUGUUGUUUGUUGUGGUAGCAGGCAUGUAUUUCGUUGAUACAAAAAACUGGACAGAAGGACAGGGUUUCUUUCCAUAUGGAGCCUCGGGAGUGUUGAGUGGAGCAGCGACAUGCUUUUACGCUUAUGUUGGCUUCGAUAUCAUCGCCACGACGGGUGAAGAAGCCAAAAACGCGCCUAAAUCUAUACCAGUUGCUAUAGUUGUAUCCCUAGUAGUCAUAUUUGUGUGUUAUUUUGGAGUCUCUGCUGUAAUUACUUUGAUGGUUCCUUUCGAUCAGCUCGAUAAACUUUCGCCAAUUCCUAACGCAUUCGUCCAAAGAGGAUUUCCUCUCGCUAAAUACGUCAUUGGUAUAGGGGCUGUUUGUGGCCUAUCCUCGAGUCUUUUAGGCUCUCAGUUUCCUUUGCCUAGGAUCAUUUAUGCCAUGGCGUCAGAUGGAUUGCUCUUUAAAUCGUUAGCGAAAGUGAACCCACGAACUGAGGUUCCUGUGAUUGCCACAGUAUACCCAGGGCUUCUGACAGCCUUCAUUUCGUUGUUGUUUGAUUUAAAUGAGCUAGUUGAAAUGAUGUCCAUUGGGACAUUACUCGCAUACACUCUAGUGUCUCUUUGUGUUUUGAUCCUUCGUUAUCAACCCGAUGCUACUGAGGUACCUUCGACAUACCUAUUGCGCUUUGCAGAACCAGAGCAAGACGCCUAUGAAAAACUUUCUUCACCUGAUUAUAUUACAGACGAAUGGGACUACGAAAUAGCUACAAAUAGAAUGACCCCCCCUCCAAAUGCUGCGAACAGCCGUAGGGAGUAUUUAAACAAAGGUUUAUGUUCGAAAGAAUUGACAAAAUCUGACAGAGGAAACACGAAACAAUUUUUACAAAAUAAACCAAGGAGAGGACCAACAGCACAGAGCUUGCGUAUUGUGCAGUGGGCAGUAACUCUGAUGUUUUUCUCGUUCAUUGGGUUCUGUGCUGCAAUAGUCUAUGGUCUGGAUGCCUUACAAAGACGAAGCUACGUGAUUCUGAUGUUUCUUGUUAUUUUCGGGAUCCUGAUUUUAUUUGCUAUAGUUGUGAUUUGUCUACAACCUCAAAACACCAAUAAGAUUUCAUUCAGGGCGCCGUUUGUGCCGGCUCUUCCAAUGCUCGCCAUCUUUUUCAAUGUGUUUCUCAUGCUGAAGCUCUCCCGGUUGACAUGGAUCCGUUUUGGAAUUUGGAUGGGCUUAGGUGUGCUGUUGUAUUUCGGGUAUAGUGUUUGGAACAGUCGCGAGAGAAACAGAAUGCUUCAGGGACAAAGAUCAUUUGACAGGCAGGUUCUGUUAGCAGAAAACCUUGAUAGCAUGGACAUUGAAUAUGAGAUGGAAACGAUUCCAGCUCAUAGGGACGAUAUGGAGGAUGUUCCACCUAGUCCGUUUAAAUGGGACAGCUUGUAAAUAUACAGUUAUCGGUAAAACUUCGUGUCUCUUGAAUGAAGAUUAAUGCUGCAUUAUAUCUGGACGGAAAGCUGGAGGAGUCACGAGGAAGUGUUUGGUCGGAAAGGAAAUUAUAUGAGGUCAGAUUGGCGGCGAUUUUGAGGCAUGAUCCCCCCACUCCUUUUUCGUUCUCUCACUCUUCAACAAAAUGUGCGUGCUUUGUGCCAUCACUUCAUAAUUAUUCAACCAAGUCUUCCCUUGCCAGCCUGGGAAACACCCACACGAUCUAAUUUCGCAUUGUGAUCACACCAUUCUGAUACUCAACUAGUUGCAGUAUCACUUUGGCGCAACGCACAGGUAAAAUAUCGAUUAAUAUGACUACGUAACGACCGCAUGCGUAAAAUGGACAUAAAUUUGAUUUUAUUGAAAGUGUAAGCUAAGUGAAUAAAGGGCUUUUUGUACGUGA